AUGCGUGGACAUAUAUUUGGAGAGGACCGCAAAGCUUCUGAUGAAAAUCCACGGACGCAACUAGAACAGAAACAAGUCAUACAUUCGCGCACGAAGUCUUUGACAACAAAUAUUACACCCUCGUUCGCCUUGCAAGAUCCUUGCAUACACAAUCUCGACCGGUCAUCGAGAUUCUAUCUUGAUUAUUAUAAUUUACGCGUCGCCAAGUUGUUCAUUCUAUAUGACAUUGCUGUUGCUGCAAGACACUUCGCUAAUGCAGGCCAGUCAUUUGAUCAGGUCAGUGAUGGCUUGUCGCCUCGGUUUAUCAAUGCCAAUUUGGAUGCAUUCCAUUUCAAACAGCAAGCCAUCAAAGCAUUAUCAUUGUCAUUAUCCCAUCCAGAGCCUUCUCAAAAGGACGCGAUAAUGCCAGCAAUUCUCCUUCUAAUUUUCCUUGAUCUCCUCGAGUCCGGCAUCGAAGGUUGGAAAUAUCAUCUCCGUGGUGCAGAAGGCCUGGUCAAUCUUUCUCACUCGAUGCUGGAGUCUAGUGAUAGUAAAUCUAUCAACGGCAACCCUGGAGAGACGGUAGAGGAGACAAGGCGAUUUAUCACCCGACAGUUUUCGCUUGUCUCAACCUUUGGAGGUGCACUCUCAGGCACCAUGAAUCCAUUAUUCGAAGCUUUCUGGGAUGUCCUGUAUUCCUUCUUAGAGCUAUCCGUUAUUUCUCGAACCAAAGACACUGCGCGGAAAUUUGCCCCGGAUAGCCCCACCUGGCAUAACUUCCUAAUCGGGACCGAGCAAGGAUUCCAUUUCCCGAAUUUGAAUUAA